GGUACGUUAACAAAUCCUCGCGUCGCCUCCGAGACAAAUUCACCCCUUUCGACAUGCCAACGCGCUACCCGACACUGCGCCUCUCAAUCUGCCCAACUCCCCCACAAAUUGAACUGAACGCCACCUCGUACAACCUGACUGCAGAUGCACUUUUCGCGAUUAGGGAGGUAUCGACCGUCUCAUCGUUGCUGCCGUGUCUCCCGCACCUCCGAUCCCAUUAGUUCCCGUGGGCUAUCAUCCCAGCCCGGCCCCAUCUCGUGCAUCUCAUAUCUUGUAUCCGGGCUUGGAUUUCGAUAACUCGGUUCUCGUCGGUAUGGAUACGCUGGGGCUUUGGUGGUGUUGUAACCAUCUUGAGGCUCGUAAUAAGAAGUCGGGAUGUUGUUGACCGGUUCUUGGACAUCACUCUUCUCGUUAUUCUUCUUUCGGCGGAGAAGACUCCAGGUUCCCAGGGCUGCAAUAACUGCAGCGAGCGGGAUGCCAACUCCAAGUCUGACUUUGAGUGUAAGGGACUCGCCGAUACUGGGAGCUGGUUCAGCAGUGCUGGUACUCGAAGCUAAAGUACCGGAGGUCGUGGUAGCUGGGCUACUGGAGGUCGUCUCUGAGCUGGAUGAAGAUGUUGUUGUGGCAGCAGUUGUGCUGGCUGAAGUAGUCGAAGUUGGGGCGGAUUCGAGUAUAGUCCCGUUGGUGUCGAGAUAAUACACCCGCAAAGGGCUAUCGCAGCAACUACUCUCCCCAUCUCGACAGCAGUAUUUUCCCGUGCUCUCGUCACAAAUUUCUACCCGUGGAAAAACGCCAUCUGUCAAGCCUGUAUUUACAUUUGACUCCUCUGAUGAGAAGGUAUGGUUGUUAGUGAGAUGUAAUUGGUGUGGC